UGUUAGUUUAUUUUGUAAACGUGAACUAUCACAGACGUUAAAUCGGGUGGAUUUUGUCUCUGAAAAAUUCAACGAAGUGUUAAUCUAUUAUUUCCUGAUUUAUGCGUGAAUUUAUGAUUAAAUCUCCUGGAUCUAUCAGAUUCUCUUCGGUUAAUGUAAGUUAAACUGUUUCUUGAAUAAUGCAGUCGCGUUUUUCCAGCUGUUGGAUCCCGAACGCAAGUUUGGACAGGUAACUUGCGCGCGCACACGCCCUUCUCUGAGCACAACAGGUAUCAGAAUCAGGAAGCGCCUGUGUUGUCAGACAAACUCAAUCCACCAUGCACGAUCCAAGGGUUUAAAUCAAACAACACACACACACACACACACACACAUAUAUUACUUUGGAAAGUUCAGUAACCUCUGAAGGAGAACGAUGGGUUCAUGCGUGUUUCCAGUGUUCAUGGGAUUGAUUUUACUGCAGAUUCACAAAAUCUCAGAAUGUCAUAAAAUAGAAGUGACCCCUGACUCUGGCACCAUCGUAAUCUUCAGCAAAAAGGCAGGACAUGGUCUGGACUGUAGCGUGUGUAAGGAUGAAGGUCCGUCUCAAACCUGUAACUCCAACCUCAGACUUACUGAAGCUCAGCCCACCACCGUAACUUUCAACUGCUCUCAACCGGGGGACGUCUUUAAUGUGGCGAUCAACCAAGAAAUCGAUUGCUCAACAACAGACUGCAGCAUCAUUGCAGUGCAUCCGGAUUCAACCCGAUUCCUGGAGUUCACCAGAACCUUUACCUGGGAUCUGAAGGUUCAGUCCGGCAAGGUGUUCCAGCUAGACUUCCCAUCUCCAGGAAUUAGACAGAUCAAGCCUUCAGAAUCCUGUCCAGACAAACACACCUACACCAUCACCGCAUACCAGCGUGCAGGACCGGCCAACAUCGGCUCGUUCUGUCGGAACGGUACCAUCAGCCGUAUCCAGGUCUUGUAUAGAGGUCGAGUGACUCUGGAGGUUCCCAAAGGUACAGACCUGAACUCAUCUGACUUCAAAGUGUCCAUGGGACCAGCAGCAACAGGAGUAGUUGAGAUGGAUGUCAAGCUGCCCAGAGGACCGUUUUCUGUUGAUUUCUUUACUCCAAACUACGCCACAGGCUACUACGAUGAACAAAAAAUGAAGUGGAACUUUGCUCUUAAGCCUAUGCACAAUUUUACUGUUCGCUUUCAACAUUACGCUCCACCAGAAUGCCAAAAGAAAACUGUUAUGUGUGAUUAUUCACUGGGAGACAAGACUUCAUUCACAGUGGCCCCAACAGAAACUCAACCGGCUAAUAAACAGGGAGAUUUCAGCCUGACUCUGGCCAACUGUGAUGCAAAGAAAGUGGCGAAUGUUCCUGGGCUUUCCUUGAACUUCAACGUGGAGGUGUUCAGGAGUGGGACUCCAUAUCUUUGCACUGUGGAUCUCCGGAACGAGGAGGGAUUGAGUCUGCAAAUAGAAAAUAAAAACCCGGAGUCGUACUGUGAAAUGAGCUUGAACUCUGUGAUGCAGGAGAAAAUAGUGGUUCCUGCGGGCACCAAAGCUGACCUGUCCUUCCUCGACUGCCCCGUGCAGGAUCUGCAGCUGACAGCCACCAAAGUCAUAGACUGUCCCAGUGUGUCUGCCCGUGAUGUGACCGGGCCGUCCCUCACCAUUCCCACUCUGGACCCUAGCCUUCCUGUUCCCCUCCAUCAGUUCACCUGGCUGCUCCGUUUGCGGGAUCAAAGCACCGUGGAUCUCAUGUCUCCAAAGGGAAGCUACCUGCACCAGUCUCUGCCAGACAAGCAGUGUAACGAGAGAGUCUCGCUGCUGAUCUCUGAGACCGAGGGCUCCAACAUCGGCCAGUUUUGCUCUGCAGCUGAAGGCACUAUCCAAAAAAUCCAAAUCAAAGGAAACGUUUCCAUCACUGUAACUCCUAAAACCAUAAAAGACCUGAGCCAGGAAAAAGGACCUUUCUUAAAAUUCGGCAUUAGUCCAGAGAUCACGGAUUUCCUCAUACAUCAAACACUGGACGACAUCUGA